AUGGGUUGGAUCCAAACCUUUGGCCAGUCCAAUCCACUAAGUCCAAACCCAAAUGGGCCUGAUAAGAUCAACAGGUUACUAGACUUGGUUCUUGUCCACAUUCUCUUUUUCCUUCCAACAAAAUACCUGCCUAGAAACCUCGUUAUAUGCAAAACCCUUGUAGUGUUAAAGCUCAAAUCACAUAUCCAGUUUGAUGUUCCUAACUCCAUUUAUUUCCCUUAUCUCACGAUCUUUCAUGUUUCACUUAUUUUUUUGAGCAAUGACUUGACCCAGAAGCUCUUUUCUUUCUGCCAUGUGCUCGAAGAAUUAUCUAUUUCUGCAGAGAUAGGUUCUGUAAAAAUAGACUUUAUACAUAUAUCUACAAAACAAUUAGGAAACUCUGAGACUGUGGUCAUGGUUGAUAAACCAAUUCUUGAAAGCCUUCAAGUCAAAGAUUAUUGCUUGGCUUUCGGCUUUGCUAAUGACAAAUAUUGGCCUGUGUUUCCUAAUUUGACCCACUUGGAAUUGGAUGUUUGCAAUAACUUUGGCUGCAAGAAUUUCUCAGACUUAUUGAAUAGUGUGCCUAAACUGGACACUUUUCAAUUUGAGAAGCAAUUUAAUUGGUUUGAACCACAAAGGGGGCCAAGCUAUGUGAGUUCUUCCCUUAAAGAAAUUGAAGUCUUUGGCAUUGAUUGUUAG